UCUUUUUUCAUAAAAGAACAGUGGCAUUUCCAGCACUGUUAAAUUCCUCCCCUCAGAAGGAACCCUUCAGAAUUGUAGAGAUUCUGGAAAGAGAAAAAAAAGAAUAUUUAAACUAAAAGCUAGUGGUGAGAUCAACAACCAAAAGUUUCAAGUGGAUUUUCUUUUCAAUCAGCAUUUUAUAAUCAUUCACCAGGCUGUCUUCACUGAGCUAAUUUUGGGGGAAACUCCAAAGAUUCUCAAGAUCAACUUUUUUGAAUUUCUGCAAGCCUACUUUGAUUUUGAGUAGUAGAUAUGGCCAUUACUAAGAUCAAUAUCAGUAUAUGAAACUGUUUUAACACAGGAAAAGGACAGAUCUAGGGUGAUUAACCCAAAAGAAGAAAGAGAGGUGCACAAAAAAGCAGGCUGAGCAAAAGGACUCAUCACCCUGAAGAAGGAAAAAGAAAACCAAGAUGGAAGCGAACAGAAGAAUAUCUGUGAAAUCCUUAAAAUUCUGAAUGCAUGUACUGUACAGUAAUGGUCCAGAAAAAAUGAACUGCAGCAACGAUACUAGUGCAAGCCGUGCCAUUGCUCUUGCUCAAACAUUCAUUUAUGUACCAGUUUUCUUUAUUGGAGUUAUUCUAAAUGUUUUUGCCUUGAGGGUAUUCUGCUGCAAACUAACCAAAUGGACUGAAACCAGAGUAUAUAUGACCAAUUUAGCCAUAACAGACUGUCUAUUUCUCAUCACUUUGCCUUUCAAGCUAGUUUAUAGGACUGACCAUAUGAACAAAUUGUGCAUAGUUUUGGAGGCUGCAUAUUUUAUUAACCGAUACAUGAGCAUCUUCCUUAUUACCAUCAUAGCGCUUGAUAGAUACAUCGCUAUAAGGUACCCUCUCCAAGCAAAGAAUAUCAGGUCUCCUUUGAAGUCAGCUCUUGUCUGUGGACUCUUCUGGAUCUUAAUGAUAAGUUUUGUAUGUAUAUCCAAAUAUAUGAAUAAUGAAGAGCCUCCAGGAGUUUGCUUUAGAACAAAUUCAAGAAAACUAUCAGUGUAUAUUUUUGCCACAGCAAUUUGGGGGUUUCUUAUACCUUUAAUUAUCUUGAGUUUCUGUUCUAUUCAAAUAAUUAAAAAACUCACAAUAAAGAAGAAUGUUGAUCUACAUGAAGAGAAGCUCAUUCAGAAAGCAAUCAACAUUAUUCUUGCAAAUAUGACCACAUUCAUCAUCUGCUUCUUACCACUUCAUGUUGCAUAUUUCAUUUCAUUCAUAGAUUCCAAAUAUGCUAGCUGUGCUAAACGUAAACAAAAUGACCUCUUUUUAAAUGUUGCUGCUAUUCUUGCUAACACCAACUGCUGCUUGGAUGCGUUUUGUUAUUACUUUGUAAGCAAGGAAUUUCAGGACGCUUCUGUAGUACUAAGGACCCAGAAUCAAGAGCCUGAAAAUCAAGGCACUGAAAUUAUUUAUUAAAGUCGUGCCUGCAUGAAUAAUUCUGAUACCUUCAGACCUAUCCAGAAUCAUCUUCCUCCAAUACAUUUUGAUUGAAAUUCUCCUUCACUGGUGCCUCAGUAGUUCUUCUCGGUCCUGAUAAAGUACAGUUUGGUCUUCUCCAUUAAGGUAUUCAUACAAAGGCAGCAUGUCCCCAUGUAUACAGCAGUAUACAUUAUAAAUUUCAAGAAAUCUAUUUGAAAUGCCGAUUCCUUCAGAUAAAUCAACCCUGGGAAUCAAAGGGGUAUGCUAUUAAGUAUGCAAUAAAGAUGGUUGUAUCUAUUGUAAGUCACCGUAAUAUUCUUUCAUUCUUUUUUUCUCUCUCCUUGUCUCUCUCUCUUCCUUAAUAACUCAUUGUGAUUCUGGUAAUGGAGCUUUACCCUGAUAUCUAAAAUGUGAUAAUGUAUUAGUCUCUAAGUUGUCAUAUGAUUGCUUGCUUAUUGUUGCUCACUGUGUGGUUUUCAAAUACAGGAUGUUCCAGUAUCAUUUUUGAUCACUCCAAAAAACAGCAGCUGCUGAUUUAAUGCUUUGUUCUCUUUAGCCUGGUAUUCUUUUAAUAUGGUAUUAAUGAUAUUAUCUAUCUUUCUUUCGUUUACAUCCCAAGAAAGUCCUAUUAUCAAAAAGGGCAAGAUAUCUAUGCUUAAUCAACACAUUA